CUCUCUCUCUCUCUCUCUUUCUCUCUCUGGGGCUCCUCGUCGUCGCUCGAUCCCUCUCUCUUUCGCCCGCUCUCCCACUCUCCUCCCCCCUUUCCUUCUCCAAAUCCACCCUCAGACCGCUCUCCUCUUCCUUUUCUCCGCAUAAAAUCCGAUCGUUAUCCGUUCUCGUCGUCAGAUCCCCCUCGUUUCUGCUUUCCCUACGUGAUUAGGCGAUCAAUGUGGGUUCCGAAGCCGUAGGGAUGGUAGGGGACGGCGGGCUGUGGCGCUGCGAGCAGGCAUGCAGGGAGGCGUGCUGAGCGGCGCGGGGGCCGCGGGCUGGCGGUGCAGGAGAUGGCCAACGACGGGUCCGGGACGGCGGCGCGGCCGCCGCAGGUGGUGAUGGUCAAGAGGGAGCUGCUGGCCGCGUGCAUGACGUGUCCCCUCUGUCACAAGCUCCUCCGCGACGCCACCACCAUCUCCGAAUGCCUCCACACGUUUUGCAGGAAGUGUAUCUUGGAGAAACUCACCGACGAGGAGUUAGAUUGCUGCCCAAUAUGCAAUACCGAUCUGGGUUGUGCUCCAAUAGAGAAGCUCAGACCUGAUCACAAUCUACAAGAUGUGAGAGCAAAGAUAUUUCCAUUCAAAAGAAGAAAGGUUAAUGCUCCGGAAAUUGUGCCUCCCAUUGCAUUGCCUGUUAGAAGAAAAGAAAGAUCACUUUCUUCUUUGGUCGUCAACACUCCUCGAAUAGCAACACAGACAGGUCUGACAGGAAGAAGGACAAAAGCUGUAGCUAGAAGGGCUGCUGCACUACGUGGAUUAAGUCCUGUUAUUAACCAGUCUAUUAAAAAAGAAGAUAAUAAUGCUGAAAAGCAAGCAGAAGACUCAAUCUCAACUGAGACUUCGAGCAAGAUGACUCAGAACAGAAGACAGAGUUCUACAAAAGCAGAGCCAUCUAACCAUAGACCUAACAAAGAUACAGAGAAUGGUGAAGAGUCCUUUUUGGAUAAGACUGAGCUUUUGAAACCUUUAAAUUUCCUGGUUGAAGCUGCAAACAGAUCAAAGUCUCCUAAGUCUAGUCCAUGGAGUCCUGUUAUAAAGGCAGAGCAAAUCAAUGGUGCUGAUAAUGAAGUACAGUUUCAUAAGGUGAAGGGUAGGGAACAUCCAAAUAAAUUGAAAAUUCAUGAUGAGAAGCAUGAAAGUGUUCCAAUGCAUCCAGUGAUGGCAAGAGCUAGGAGACUGCAAGGAAAUAGCCGAAAGAGGAAAGAGUUAGGAACCUCAACUCAGGCACUGCUUGAUUCUGCAGGUGCUCAACGUGAAAGGAGGAUAAAUCAAGUUUGGUUUUCAUUAGUUCCCUCUUUUGACCAGGAAGGAGAUUCGCAAUUGCCCCAGGUACCUGCAAAUUACUUGAGGAUCAAGGAUGGCAAUCUAACUGUUUCUUUCAUCCAAAAAUACCUUGCAAAGAAGCUUAAUAUUGCAAGUGAAGCUGAGGUGGAAAUUAAGUGCCGAGGCCAACUAGUGAACUCCGGUUUGACCCUGCACAAUUUAGUAGAUAUGUGGCUAAAUGGGGGAUCAUCACAGAGGGUGCAAGCAUCUAGCGGUACCUCAGCCAAGGAGUUUGUGAUGGUGCUUGCUUAUGGUCGUCGCAAGGUUCCGGCCGCAUGAAUGCAUCACAACAACAUCUUUCCAAUUCUCCAAUAAUCCAAAUGAAGGUGUCCUGCUGUAUUUUCACCUUGUGCUUUAGGAGGUGGUUAAGGAUUCCCCUUUCUUAUAUCACAAGUGCUGAGCCUGGCCUUUCACAGGAUGCGUUUAUGCCCUUAAUGUAUCCAUUAGUGUAUGUCACCGUCCUUCAUUUCAUAUGAACAUGUCCUUGCAUGUUUAAACUUGCACCGAUGUAACGUUAAUUUAGUGAUUUGCAAGAGCAUUAUAUUGCAUAUGA